UGCACUGUUGGAGGCACUAUCAGUUGACAAUGUAUGCGGCAACGCAUAGGGUCGUGUUUCGAUUGUGUUGUUCUAACUGUUAAUUUUAUUCGCAUUUUAUCUGGUAAAAUAAUUAUUCCACUUUGAGAUUCUUAGAAAUUUGGACAAUCAAGUGAAAAAUAGUAUUAACCAUGGGUCCUUAUACUUGUAAAGAGUGUUCAUCUUUGCAAACAAUGGAACAGAGCCACACUACAGUAAUAUCGAAUUCUUUAUCCAAUGGCAUGUCAAUGCACAAGAACCAUUUUAAUGGUACAAUCCCACCUAUGCCAUGGUUUGGAAUGGAUAUAGGCGGUACAUUAUCGAAACUCGUUUUUUUUGAACCAAAAGACUCGAUUACAGCACAAACUGAAGAUGAAACCCAACUCUUGUCCAAUGUUACCAAAUAUUUGACAAAGAAUUCUGCUUAUGGAAAAUCUGGACACAGAGAUGCGCACCAACAGAUGGACAAUGUACAAAUCUGCAAUAGGAUAGGGACGUUGCAUUUCAUCAGAUUUCCAACUAGUGAAAUGAACAAUUUUUUGGAUUUGUCUAAGAAGAAAGGUAUGGCAGCUAGUGUAUCUACAGUUUGUGCUACUGGUGGUGGAGCAUUCAAAUUUGAAGACAUUUUUAAAAAUGAAUUGAAUUUAAAGUUGUGUAAAUGUGAUGAACUGGAUAGCUUGAUUCGUGGCUUAUUAUUUACAGUAGCUUCAAAUAAUAAUGAAUGUUACUUUUGGUCACAAUGUACUGAAGACGAGCAGUGUUCAACACAAGAGUACACAUUCCAGUAUAAUAAAUAUCCGUUUAUUGUUGUAAAUAUAGGUUCUGGUGUAAGCGUAUUGGCAGUUUAUGGUCCAAAUAAUUAUAAGAGAAUAUCUGGAACGAGUAUAGGAGGUGGUACGUUUUUGGGACUAUGUAGUUUGUUGACUGGAUGUAAUACAUUUGAUGAGGCAAUUGAAUUGGCCGCAAAUGGUGAUAAUGUUAAAGUUGAUAAAUUGGUUCGAGAUAUCUAUGGAGGUAGUUACAGUAGAUUUGGGCUGCCUGGAGAACUAGUUGCUAGCAGUUUUGGCCAUAUGAAUUCUAAGGAGAAACGUGCCCAAGUGUCUAGAGAAGAUUUGGCUAGAGCGACCUUAGUUACUAUUACAAACAACAUUGCAUCGAUUGCAAGAAUGUGUGCAUUAAAUGAAAGAAUCGAUAGAGUAUGUUUUGUUGGUAAUUUUCUGCGUGUAAACCCAAUAUCAAUGAAAUUAUUAUCACAUGCUAUGGAUUAUUGGUCAAAUGGUUCACAGAAAGCUAUAUUUUUAAACCAUGAGGGUUACUUUGGUGCAAUUGGAUGUUUGUUGUCAUUUGACGAGAGAUUUAAAGAGUAACAAAAUAUCAUUCAACACAUUCCACGUUGCCAAUCCAUUUCGAUUUCAGCAGGUUGUGUGUACUGUAAGUACAUUAUGAAUAUAUCGUCAUAAUUAUUCAUAUUGUACUGACCCGGAUAGAAAUUAUUAAUUAUUAUUAAUUUAUUUUAUUUUUAAGACAACACAUUGCACAUUAGUAAUUUAUUUUGGUGAUGUGUUUAUUUAUAAUUUAUAAGAUAGAAUAGUAGUUCCAUUGGUAUGAUUAGUUACCUGUCCUACAAAUUUUAUUAUUUAUCCUCCAAAAAUUGUGUUGACGUUCUUUGUUUUAUUAUUGUUUCUAAAAUUAUAUAUAUAUAUAUAUUUAUUUUUUUUUUUUUGUAAAUUUCCACAUAAUUAUGUACAAAUUUCCUAUGAUAAUACAACACAAAAAUACAUGUGAUAAAAUAUCAAAUACAUUUUUUAUCUAUAAUAUUUUUAAUCAGGCUAAAAUUUUGUAUCCAAUUUUUACAAAUGUAAAAUCGUUAAAAUCAUACUAUUGUAUUAUCAUAAUUAUUGUUGUAAUAAAUGAUAUUGAUUAUAUUAUGUUUACAUUUCUAAACUAAUAUUCAACAAACUACUAAUAUAUUCCAAGUGUUAAAUGAAAUCAUGUAUGUUAAAUUUCUAUGAGGGAUGAUAAUUUACCAAGAUAAAUUGUGUUGCAGUUCUAUUAAUAGCAAUAGUGGUUUUAAUAACAUUUCAAGGGGAAAGGUUAAUUUAGUACUAUAGCACAAAAAAAUAUGAUUCCUACUCAUGUCGAUAACUAAAAGCAUACUUCCCUUUUUAUUAUUUUUGUAUACCUUUAUAAUACCUAAAAUCUGCUGUUAAUAUUUUCAUACUAAAAAAAAAAAAACCAUGUUCCAUGGAAAGUCCCAUUGCCCCCAUAAAACCACGGUGGAUUAAUACUAAUACUAUGUUAUUGAUAUGCAAGAAUUUCUUUUGAAUUUUAAUGACUUAUCUUAUUAGAAUCAUUAACUUUGUUAUACUCUAGAUACAUUUUUACUACAAUUUUUGUUUUCAAACAAGUGUAAAUAAAUAUUUGAAUUGUUUAAUGUAUAUAUUAUAUAUUUAUUUUUUUAUGUUUAGAAUAACAAAACAUUUAUAAUAAUUUAUUUUUAACUAAUAUUAGUAAGUGUUUUAAAUCAAAAUUGUAUACAACUGUUUUUCUAAAAUUAAAUUUUAGAUAUUUAUUAAACAGUGUAAUUUAUAAUCAACUAUACAGAUGUUGAUGAUAAAAAAGAAAAAUAUUGUGAAAAUAUAAUACUAUAACAGAAUUAAAGGCAAUUUAAAAUGUAAUAUUUAUUUUUAAAAUAACGUUUUUUACAAUUUUAGUUAUUUUGUUGUAAUUAUUAAGAUACACAGAGUAAUUUUAAAAAUAUUUAGGUAAAUUUUGAUCUUUUUAUACAUAAAAAAUAUUCAUACCAUUACGAUAUGUCAAUAUUUUUUACUUAUAAGUUAAUAAAUAUCCCUAAUAUGGUAUAUGGGUUUAAAAAAUGUAGUUUUCAUCUAUUACAGCAGUCAUAUGCCCAACUUUACCCUGCUUUUUAAGCCAGGCUUUGUACCCAAUCAUUAAAUAGGUUACUGGUGAUGGAUGUAUUCGGAUGUUCCAACACCGGAAUAAAAAAUAAUUUAAACAAAUGUUUGGGUACCAAUAACUGUCAUUAUUCAUUUUAAUACAGGUUAAUAUAUGGGUGUUAAAAUUUGUUCAUGUAUAUUUGAUUCGUACAAUUUUAUUGAUAGACAAUAAUAUGAUAACUAAGAAUAUAUUAUUUCAAAAUGUCAAUUUCGAUUACCUAUUUGAUGUUGCAGCGUUAAUUAUCAUUGUUAAAUUGCACCCACUCACCCGAUUACAAAAUUGAACUGCAAAAAAUACAUGUAAAAAUGCAUAUCAGUAUAUCACAUACAAUUUGUAAAACAAAAAUAUUCAGAUGUAUUAGUUAACCAAGAUGUUUUAUUCGUGUUUCAAUUAAUUACGGGUUUUUGGGUUUUGAGUGUUGGAUUUUUUAAUUAGUUUUAGGGGUGUUACGGGUAGGUACUGAUUAAUUCAGGGACCUAUAAUUCUUCUAAGGAUAGAUUAAUAUAGUACCUGUGAAUGAUGCACAAUGUAAUUGUGAAAAUAAACAUUUUACCUAUAAUAAUAUGGCUACAUUGGUUCAUGAUUUAAAAACCUUAUAAUUAAUCAAAACGAUUUGACAAUUCCAUUAGAUAAUAUGUACCUUUAGUAAAUAAUAAUAUACGUAACGCCGAUCAUUUUAAAGUCCUUACAAAUAACAACAAAAUAACUAAAAACUAAUUUUUCAUUUAUGAUUCUAAUUUUGUCAAAAUGUUAACUUAAAAUGUCUUUACAAUGUGUGCAUAAUACGUAUAUUGGAUAUAUUGAGUGGCGGUUCAAACAACUUAUGAGGAACCUUAAACCUAUUAAUUUUUAAUCCUAAGCUAUUAAAAUUUGAAAUUAUAUUUUUAACCAUUAAAUAAUUUUUAAAUUGU